GCCGCGCGGCUAUGCGUCUGGGUGGCCACUGGUGGCUGGGGCGUCUUGUGCGGUGGCGCUUUAACCCCCAGCCCUUCAGCUUUGCCAGGCCCUGGGAUAGCUGCAGGGGACCGAUGGCAGAAGCACUGUCUACGGGCGUCGAGGCAGCAGGAGAACUGAAGGCUGCAGCUCAGCAAAACGGAGACGCUGGUAGCGACUUGGGCGAGCCUCGCGUGGGGCUCCCGGAGCCAGCCGGCCCUGUGGCCAAGCCGACGCCCGGGAGCGGGGAGCAAGCCUCAGCUCCAGCCGCCGACCCCACCAAGCGGAAGAAGCGACGGGGCGCUACUGGGGAGCGCGUCGUGCCACCCCCGAAGAAGCGGCGAACUGGGGUGAGCUUUGGUGACGAGCACUUCGCCGAGACCAGUUACUACUUCGAGGGCGGCCUGCGGAAGGUGCGACCCUAUUACUUCGACUUUCGGACCUACUGCAAGGGCCGCUGGGUGGGCCACAGCUUGCUGCACGUCUUCAGCACUGAGUUCCGAGCCCAGCCGCUGGCCUACUACGAAGCGGCGGUCCGGGCCGGCCGCCUGCACCUCAAUGAAGAGCCAGUGCAUGACCUCAGCGUUGUGCUCAAGGACAAUGACUUCUUGAGGAACACAGUGCACAGGCAUGAGCCACCAGUCACAGCAGAGCCUAUUCGUUUGCUCGCUGAGAAUGAAGAUGUGGUGGUUGUAGACAAGCCUUCCUCCAUUCCUGUCCACCCCUGUGGUCGCUUCCGACACAACACAGUCAUCUUCAUCCUGGGCAAGGAGCACCAACUAAAGGAGCUACACCCAUUGCAUCGGCUUGACCGCCUAACCUCAGGGGUGCUCAUGUUUGCCAAGACAGCUGCUGUCUCUGAGAGGAUUCAUGAGCAAGUUCGGGACCGGCAGCUGGAAAAAGAGUACGUAUGCCGAGUAGAAGGGGAAUUCCCCAUUGAGGAGGUGACCUGCAAGGAACCCAUCCUAGUGGUGUCCUACAAGGUAGGAGUAUGCCGCGUGGAUCCCCAAGGCAAGCCUUGUGAGACCCUGUUCCAGAGACUGAGCUACAAUGGCCACUCCAGUGUGGUACGGUGCCGGCCUCUCACAGGCCGGACCCAUCAGAUUCGAGUCCACCUCCAGUUCCUGGGCCACCCCAUUCUCAAUGACCCCAUCUACAAUUCAGUUGCCUGGGGUCCUUCCCGAGGCCGAGGUGGCCACAUUCCCAAGACAGAUGAGGAGUUGCUCCGGGACCUGGUGGCAGAGCACCAGGCCAAACAGAGCCUGGAUGUGCUGGAUCUCUGUGAGAGUGACCUGUCCUCAGGACUCCCAGACUCUACAGCUCCUUCCUCAGAGUUGGCCAAGGACAGCCUGGAGGAGUUGACUGCAGCUGCCCAGAAGACAGAUGGAGUAGUUGAGGCAGCCCCUCAAGAUCUAGGCAUGUUGGCCUUGGCAUCAGAGAAGGCAGCAGAAACAGAUGUUAGAAAUCAAGAGACAGACCCACUCUGUACAGAGUGCCGACUGGUGCGACAGGAUCCCUUGCCCCAAGACCUUGUGAUGUUCCUGCAUGCCCUCUGCUAUAAAGGGCCAGACUUUGAGUAUGUUUCACCUAUGCCUACCUGGGCACAGGACGACUGGCAAGGGGACUGAGAACUGCAGCUGAUGGGAUUGCUUCUUGGAUUGGGGCAUAGGGAUAAGUCAGGGACCCCUCCAUGGGCAGGUACUUGGGCUUCCUCCAGGAGUGAGGAUAGGCUGUGAAACGACUUGUUCAUGCUUGCUACCUCUUUUCUUCCUCCUCUAGCUAAAGUCAGGGGUGUUUUUGUUUUGUAAAUAUAUCCCUUUUUCUCAUACCUUGUGUAUGUACUUUUCUUACUAUUUGUUUCUUUUUUAAAUUGAGAUAAAGCUGGGCAUAGUGGCUCAUGCCUGAAACUCCAGCACU